CGCAGCUGUAGAAGUAGUUGGAACAAGUACAGUACAAAAAGGCAAAAAUCAUAUAAGAAUUUGCAUUUCAAGCCCGUCCGAGCAACGGAAUACCAUACCAGAAUGACCUCGUCCUCGACGAGGAGGGAGUCACCUGUGCGCCCCCGCCGCAGUACAAGUGGUGCUAGAAUCUAUGAGCAAGUGGGUAACAUGCUGACUGCGAUCCUCUUUAUCGCUUCGUGGGCGACGGCACCCUGCGCAACUUCAGCAGCGGCUUCGGCUUCGGCUUCCCGCCCCGCGCCUCCCCCGCUCCGCGUGCACCUUGUGCCG